GCGAUCUAUACUGUUUACGUACAGCAUUAUAAGACGGGUCUGCUUGCUGCUAAUGUAAUCACAGGAGGACGGUCACAUUUCAACAGCAAAGAUGAGCCCUUACUUAGGGGCAAAGUUAUAAAAAAAGUGUAUUUUUUUAAAAUUAAUUAAUUACUUUUUUACAAUGUUUUUGUCAGCUCUGACGCACUUACUCAUUGUUUUUUAUGACGCAUUGACCAUACUUUACUUUUGAAAAGCGUCUUCAACACAUUAGCAGGAACUCGUAAAAAAAAUAAAAAAAUAAAUAAGAAACAGAAAUAUUUUCUAGCCCGCUUUGCAAAACAUUAUUAGUGUGUCAAGUACUAUAAUACUAUAAUUACUUCUCUCUGGCGUCAGCAAGACACUUUUUGCCCAGAACAUCCUGGCAGAAGAGCAGUUUCUGAAAUACUCACAUCAGCCCAUUUGGCACCAACACAUACCAACCGACACCUUCAACGUCACUUAAACAUAUAUACAGAAUACAUGUUUAAGAAUACUUAUUUAGCAUAUAACAAAUAUACAUCAAACAAGUAUAACAUUCUUUAAGUAAUCAUCUAAAUUAAAAGCCCUAAGCAUGUAUGAUCCGCAACCACACACAGGUGUUUGAUUGGGACUCUUCCCGUGGCCUUUAUAUUUGUAUUGUUACACAGAGCCUGAUGACAUUACAGAGAUCACGCCACGUUUCCAACCAAAAUAGAUCCAAUUAGCAUGAAAAACCCCACAAUGCCUUUAAUGAUAGUAAAUGUAUUUUGAAAAUAAAACUGUCUGUUAUAAGAACGUAAAAUAAAUAAAUAAGAUUAAGGAAUCUUGUAGGUGGAAAUUGCCAGGACGCCCUCACCAGAGGACAUCUUUCUGGCUUUUAGGGUGUGAAACGUUCAGAAAUGUAACUUCCUGUUCUGCCUAGAAUAACUUUGUUUUCUUUUCCAGCCUGCAGCCACAUUAAAUGCUAAGCUAAUUCAACCCCUGAUGUCAGAAGUACCUCAGAUAUGUCAUUGCCAAAGCUUAGGACAAGGAGGAAGAGGGGGACUCAACUGAGCCCGUUCAAAGUGCCAGACGGCAACAGCAUUUUUCUGCUACGUGUAAACGAAAGAGAGGACCAAAAAGAGGAGAUGCGUAAAUUCCUGGCACUGCCAAUUGAUGAGAAGACAACCCACGCUGCAAGAGUGACGGCCAAGCUGAAAAAUGAGCUGGUGGGAGAACUGGAGGAUGAGGAGGAGGAGGAGAAGAAGGGGGGAAAUGAGAAGAUGAAGAAUUUAAAGCCAAUCAAGAGUAGGACAGCUCUCCCUAAGCAAACAUCUGGGGGACGAAUGAAACAAGAAAAGGUAACAAAAGACAACAAGCAUGCCUUAAUCUCCCUGGAACGACAGAAAGCUGUGCUGGAGUUAUCUGUGAUGACAAAGAGGUCUGAGAUUUUGAGGAUGGACGAGGCCAUAGCAAAAGAAGAGAAGCUGCUGAAACACCUGGAGCGGAGCAUUGAGAGAGACAACGUCAGAUUUGAAGAGUUUCUCAGGGAGAAUGAGAAGAAGUCUGUGGAGGCCAGAACACUGUAUGAACAGGAGGCCAGGUCAACACAGGAGAAGAACACUGAAAUCAGGAGGCUAACUGCUGAAAUACUCACCAUAAAAAGUGAACUUGCCAGGUUUGAAGAAAUCCUGGUAGACUACAAGCGUUAUAAGGACCUUCUAUUCAAGCUGUCUCCUCCGGAGUGGCAGGAUGCCCAGAGGUCAAAAGUUAUGUCUGGUAAAGGCGCCAAGGAGGACCAGAACAGGGAGCUUAAAGACACUGCUAUUAGGAAUGGUUUGGAGACUCCAGGCAGACAGCUGCCGUCCAUCCAAGAGACCAGGCUGUCCCCAGCCCACAGUGACAGUCUAGUCACAGAUCCUAAAUUGGACAGUGACAGCUCAGAUUAUGAGGAUGAGCCAGAGCUGUAUUUCACUGAUCCCCAGCAGCUGCUGGAUCUGAUGACAGAGCUGACGGAGCAGAACCUGUCCCUGAUUCAGAACUCUACGAGGGUGGAGGAGACUCUGGAGCAGCUCCAACAGUCCUUGAAAACAACCAAGAAGAAUCAUGAAAAGGAUGAAGAACAAAUUACAAUGCAGAUAAAUGAAAUGAAGGAGAGAAUCGAGAAGGAGAAGGCGAGAGGCGCCAGGCUUGAGCGGAAGGUCCUUCUCCACGUGUCCCUGAAUACACAGGACCAGGAUGUGUUGCUGGAUGCUCUGAGCGAGAAGGUGGCAGAGGUGCACUGCAGCUGCGUGGAUGACAGGGUGACCAAUCUAAACACUUUAGAGAAGCUGGCCAACAUUGAGAAGCGGCUGUCUUUACUACUGCAGAGCAUUGAGAGCAUCCCUGAAGAAAAACUGGAGUCAAUGAAGAAGAUCAAGGACAGCGAGAGGAGGACCAGGGAGCGUGAAGACAAGCUGAGAGAGCAGAGAGAAAAACAGAAAGAAAGGAUGAGGAGGUACUCGGAGAGAUCGCUGGCUGACUCCAAGAAAAUCAGUGGGAAAAAGCUCAUGCCCAGAUAUAUGCCUGUUACCCAGAGAGUCAAAGUCAGCAACGUGGACAGCAUCCCGGCUCAAGAUGAGAUUCACGAAUACCUCUUUGGCACUGAGAACACGGACUGAUAAAAAAAAAUACAAAAAAUAAAAUAACUGAAAGUGCUAUCAUGCCUCAAAUGCAAAAACUGAUGAGUGAUCAUGUAUUAUCACACAGAUGCCACAAUCAUGACAUGUAUGAGCUGAGAUGCUACAAAUUUAGCGUUGUAGUGCAGAAUAAAGCCAUCUA